AUGACAAUAGACUUUUUUGGUCGUUGUGCGAAUAUUACAUGCAACACAGAGUGCUUCAAACAUAAGACGAAGAACCACCGAUUUUACUUGUCGUUUGAAAAUUCAUUUUGUAAUGAGUACGUGACCGAGAAGUUCUGGAGAUUCAACGAGCUGGUACCGGUGGUACUGAGCCGGCGGUACUAUCCGAAGUUACAUCCGGAAUCUUUCAUUGCGCUGGAUGAUUUUAGGUAGGCUGAUUAAGAUUUAAGAAUUGCUCAACAUUAAUCUGUGGUAAAAUAAUGAGGACAAUGUCGCUGCGCUGAUCGUGAAGUGAAAAACAACUUGAUUUUGCCGCAACACAAUUCAUUUUCAUGGCUGUGAGGCGAUUUUCGAUGCGACAGAGUGCUCAUUAUUUUCCCGGCAUACUGAUGACGCCUUUUAGCUCACUACAAGCAGCAGCAGAAUACCUCAAUUAUCUCCAGAAGAAUGACAGCGCCUAUGUCGACCAUCUAAUGUGGACCUAUACUCACAGACGGGAAUUCAUUCCGGUGGAGCGGGCACUAUGCAAAAUCUGCAAUUAUGUAAUCAGCCGAAAUACCAGCACACCCCAAGUGUAUCAUCGGAUAGAGGAAUACCAAAACAGGACGAGCACCUGCGACCUCGGAUAUCAGUUACGAUGGCUGAAGCCUCGCGUUUUUACCUAG